UAUUUAAAGUCGGUUCAGAGUCCAGGCCAUCCCUUUCCCUGAUCGCUCUCUCUCUCCCGCUUCAGGCGCCUUCUGUCUUCGCCACACCGAACUAGCCAUGACUUCCUCCACGGCUGGGCGCCCCAUCUUUCGGGAAGGAGAAAAUUGCAAGCCGUCCUGGAAAGAGGCAUCUGCAGGCUACAACCAGACAGAUACCCACUUGGAGAUCAUGGGGAAGCCGGUGAUGGAGCGGUGGGAAACCCCCUACAUGCACUCCCUCGCUACUGUGGCCGCCUCCAAAGGGGGCUGUGUCCUGGAGGUGGGCUUCGGCAUGGCCAUCGCUGCCAGCAAAAUCGAGGAGUUCGACAUCGAGGAGCACUGGAUUAUCGAGUGCAACGAGGGGGUGUUCCAGAGGCUGCAGGAGUGGGCCAAAAUGCAGCCACACAAGGUUAUCCCCCUGAAGGGGCUGUGGGAAGAUGUCGUCCCAACACUGCCCAGUGAACAUUUUGACGGAAUCCUCUAUGACACCUACCCCCUGUCCGAGGACACCUGGCACACGCACCAGUUUGGCUUCAUCAAGUGUCACGCGUAUCGCCUGCUCAAACCCGGUGGCGUUCUCACUUACUGCAACCUGACCUCUUGGGGGGAACUGCUCAAGGACAAGUAUUCCGACAUUGAGAAGAUGUUUCAGGAAACACAAGUGGCGCACCUGGUGGAGGCCGGCUUCAAGGAGAAGAACAUCCACACCACCGUCAUGGAUUUGACCCCCCCAGGUGACUGCAGAUACUACUCCUUCCCCAAGAUGAUCACCCCGACCCUCGUCAAAUAAUAUCGACCCACAGUCCAUCCCAGUAACCCGAUUCCGCAGAAAGUGCCCCUUAGCAAAGACUGGACAGAAGAAAUGGGGAAAAGUCCCCCCAUCAGCAUCUGGAGAAACAGAUGUUCAAGAGGAGGCACUGACCACGGUCUACUCAGCCUCGUCAAAGCGAGUGGAUUAAUUUCAGUCACCUCCCCCCCCCGCCCGACGCCAUCCAUCUACUAACUGGACUAGCACCGCAACUGAGUUACUGGCAAGUUCUGGGGCACAAGUUAACCCACCCUUUGGGGGAUCCUCACCAGGUUUCAUGAGGGUGGCUGCAAAAUCCAACACUGAAUACACUUUAUCUUGACAACCUCAUUUUCGUUUCUUUUUUAAAAUCAGCUUCUAGCUCUGCGGAGGUAAGCAUGAAGCCAUUUGUCCAGUACCUUGUGAAAUCUAGGACAGAUGUGACCUGGGGGAGGGGAAAGAAGGAGGUGUUUGGGCCCCUCCAAUUGGGGGGGGACUGUGGUUCAAUGCUCCCUCUAAGCUGUGGAGUCUUGUGA